AUGAAAGGAUCGAAAUAUCACAAUUAUCCGGAGAAAAGACUUUUCCGACGGAGAUCAUGCACGGAUAUUUUAUGUUUGGCAUUAUUUAUCGGUUGUCUUGCCGGAUGGGUGUGUUUGGGUUAUUUCGCCGUUCGUACUACCCCACCUAACGAACUUUUCGCUCCCACGGAUUACAGAAAUAGAAGAUGCGGAUACGAUGACGGUGUUAAAGAUAGACCAUACGUAUUGUAUUUUGAUUUGUUGGAAUGCGUACCACCGAAAGCAAGCAUUUUUCAAUGUCAUACGACAAGGGUGUGCGUGUCGGAAUGUCCGAAAGAAAAUUUUUAUUUAAAACAACAUUUAAACAAUUUUUACGAUGCGAGAUCCCUAAGGAACAAAUUAAUUUGCAAGGAUGAUUUUGAUAAAUCUAAAAUACGGGAUAAAGAAAGUGCAAUGAAAGCCAUAGAGAGUAAAGAAUGCGCUGAAUGGUAUUUAGAAAGCAAACCAGUUUACAGGAGAUGUCUUUACGAUUGUAUCGAAUUAUACAAACCUGAUUUUAUCGUGACGUACCUUAACGAAAAACCUGAAAACGUUACUCAACUGACAAAUACUCAUUUACAUUUCGAUACCGUUUAUUAUCACGUUUUAAAUUCAAUAACCGAUAAAGAUACAAUAUUUCGGUUGGCUAUAAACAAAGAAUCGGAUGAAUUUCGUAGCAAAAUUGAAAAAUGGGAAAAAUCCGAGAUAUCCGGUGCUGUCGGUAGACAAUUUUUCGACGCAUCUAAAUUCGUAGCAGAAUUUGGACACGCCAUUUUUCAAGAUCUUACAAUUAUAUGGCCGUGGAUAUUGAUACACGUUUGCGGAGCCGCCAUUAUUUCAUUUUUUUACAUAAUCAUCAUGAGAUGGAUUUCCGGUAUAUUAGUUUGGUUAUCCGUAUUUUCCAGCAUUGGACUUUUAUCCUACAGUAAACAUAGAAUACAUUUGGCAAUAGAAUUAAUCAAAGAAGGAAGCAAAGCAGUCAUGUGUUCGUGGUCGGCUGUUGUUUUUCCAUUGUUCCUUUGGUUACUCCAAUUGAUAUUCAUAGCAUACGCCAUAUUAUUAUUCGCUUAUUUGAUAAAUUCUGGAAUUCCUGUUAAAAGAGUCAAAGGAUUGAUUGAAUCAUCCGAAUGUAUUUGCCAUAAUGGUUACGUGGAAAAUUCGUCGUGCGAUGAAAAAACAUUCGAUAAAUAUUGUCACAGGAUAAAUUCAAACGACAUUCCAUGUUCAACGGCCAAAUGCGUUUUUUCAAACGAGGAAACUAAAAAACAAUCCAUUUAUUUUCACUUAUAUAAUCUUUUCAUGAUAUUUUGGUGUUUGUUUUUCGUUUCCGGUUUUGGUCAAAUGGUAUUAGCAUCGACAUUUUCAACAUAUUAUUGGACAUUUAACAAAGAUAAUUUACCCGUUUUUAUGGUUGGUGGUAGCGUUUGGAAAGUCAUUAGGUAUCAUUUAGGUACGGUUUCAUUAGGAUCUUUACUCUUAGCAUUAUGCAAUUGGAUAAGAGUCAUCAUCGAAUAUAUUUAUUAUUACAUAAACAAAUACGAUAAUUGUUUAAUUAAAUUUAUUAAAUGUUGCUGCUCUUGUUUUUUUUGGUUACUAAAUGCAUUUUUAAAGUUUUUAAAUAAGAAUGCAUAUGUUAUGUGUGCUAUACAUGGGAAAAAUUUUUGCACGUCGGCAAAAAUUGCAUUCGAAUUAUUGAGCAGAAAUAUAUUGAGAGUUAUUAUAUUAGAUAGAGUGACAAAUUUUCUUUUUUUCCUCGGAAAAGUCACGGUAACAACUUGCGUUGGUAUAAUCGCAUUUUAUUUCUUCACAAAUCCCGUACCUUCCAUAGAAGACAUAUUAAAUCAAGAGAAAAGGUACAAAGUCGAUUAUUAUUUCGUACCUAUGAUAAUAAUAUGCGCCGCCGGUUAUUUCAUAUCGAGUUUAUUUUUUAAAGUUUAUUCAAUGGCCGUCGAUACAUUAUUUUUAUGCGCCCGUAAGUAUAUUUAA